AGAAAAGAAGAAAAAACCCUACAUAUAUUUAACUUCAGAUUUGCACUCUAUGGGGAGUGAGGGCAGAAACCUUGAAGGAGGGCCUGAGAUUUCAAGAAGGAGGGGCCCUCACAUUUGAAUGAGGGCAGGAAGUCAAACCAACCAAUGGCAAGAAACUGGCCCCACUCUAGCUGAGUUUUCCUUUUAGUCCUUCACUGAAGAGCCAUAAGGAAUUCUACAAGCCAAGUUGAGAACAGGAGAUGGAGAAAGCAAGUGGAACACAGUCCAUUGCUCUGUCCACAGUGGACAAUGGCCUAGAGAAUCCAGGGCUGGAGCUCACGACAGAAGUAAGUCCUAAGGCAACCAAAAGGACUGAAGUGCAAGAUCACAGUUUUGAGGACAGUCUGGAGUCUCCCUCUUACCCAAGGAAGAAUGUACAGACUUUUAUCAAGGCAAGAAGUUUCUGCAGAAGACAUGCCAGCUUGUUCAAGAAGAUCCUGUUGGGCCUGUUGUGUUUGGCUUAUGCUGCCUACUUCUUAGCAGCUUGCAUCCUGGAUUUCCAGAGGGCACUGGCCUUGUUUGUUCUUACCUGUUUAGUGAUCUUUGUCCUGGUUCACAACUUUCUGAAAAAAUUAUUUGGUGAAAAAUUAAUGAGAUGUCUGAAACCCUUUAAAAACUCACGCCUGAGAUUUUGGAUGAAAUGGGUGUUCAGAGGAGCCUGUGUGGUUGGACUUAUCCUAUGGCUGGUUCUAGACACAGCUCAAAGGCCAGAGCAGCUGAUAUCCUUUGCAGGAAUCUGCAUGUUUAUCCUCAUCCUCUUUGUCUGCUCCAAACACCAUAGUGUGGUGUCUUGGAGGACAGUGUUUUGGGGCCUGGGUCUUCAGUUUGUUUUUGGGAUCUUGGUCAUCAGAACUUAUCCUGGAUUUAUUGCAUUUCAAUGGCUGGGAGAUCAAAUACGGAUUUUCCUGAACUACACUGUGGCUGGCUCCAGUUUUGUCUUUGGAGAUACGCUGAUCCAAGAUAUUUUUGCUUUUCAGUCCUUACCAGUCAUCCUUUUCUUUGGAUGUAUGACAUCCAUUCUCUACUAUCUGGGCCUUGUACAAUGGGUAGUUCAGAAGAUCGCCUGGUUUUUGCAGUUCACCAUGAGAACCACCUCUACAGAGACCCUGGUUGUGGCAGGAAACAUCUUUGUGGGGAUGACAGAGGCACCUCUGCUCGUCCGUCCCUACCUCGCAGACAUGACCCUCUCUGAAAUCCACACAAUGAUGACUGGAGGGUUUGCCACCAUUUCGGGCUCUGUGUUGGGAGCCUUCAUAUCCUUUGGGAUUGAUGCUUCGUCCUUGAUUUCUGCCUCUGUGAUGGCCGCCCCUUGUGCUCUUGCCUUGUCCAAGCUGGUAUAUCCAGAAGUGGAAGAGUCCAAGUUCAAGAGUGUGGAGGGGAUGAAACUGCCUCAUGGGAAGGAGAGGAAUAUCCUGGAAGCUGCCAGCAAUGGAGCCACAGAUGCCAUAGGCCUUGUUGCUAAUGUAGCAGCCAACCUGAUUGCCUUUUUAGCGGUAUUGGCCUUCAUCAAUGCUGUCCUCUCCUGGCUGGGGGAAAUGGUGGACAUUCACGGGCUCACUUUCCAGGUCAUCUGCUCCUAUGUCCUGAGGCCCAUGGUUUUCAUGAUGGGUGUAGAGUGGGCAGACUGUUCAAUAGUGGCCGAGAUAGUAGGAAUCAAGUUUUUCAUAAAUGAGUUUGUGGCCUAUCAGCAAUUGUCUCAAUACAAGAACAAACGUCUCUCUGGAGUGGAAGAGUGGAUCGAGGGUGAGAAACAGUGGAUUUCUGUGAGAGGUGAGAUCAUUACAACAUAUUCACUCUGCGGAUUUGCCAAUCUUAGUUCCAUAGGAAUAACACUGGGAGGCUUAACAUCAAUUAUACCCCAUCGGAAGAGUGACCUGUCCAAGAUUGUGAUUAGGGCCCUUUUCACAGGGGCCUGUGUGUCCUUUAUCAGUGCCUGUAUGGCAGGAAUCCUCUAUGUCCCCAGGGGAGCUGAAGCUGACUGUGUUUCCUUCCUAAACACAAGUUUCACCAAUAGAACCUAUGAGACCUAUGUGUGCUGCAGAGAGCUCUUUCAGAGUACUUCUCUGAAUGGCACCAACCCACCUUCUUUUUCCGGUCCCUGGGAAGACACAGAGUUCAGUGCUUCAGCCCUUGCUAACUGCUGUGAACUCUACACCAAUGCCAUCUGUGCCUAAGGCUGAUUGGUCCAUUUCCAUAACAGUUUUGAUCUUAACAGAUGGUGAAGGCUUGCACUCAGGUUUCCCAUUCUAUAAAGAACUCACUAAUAUCUAUAAUAGUAAGUGUAAAAGAUUCAUUUUGGUUCACUAUAUCUCAAUAAUGAAAUUAGCAUUCAUCUUUCCAUUAUUUGGAUGCACCAAAUAAGAAAUUUCUCCUGCCAUCUUCAGUUUUUAUUUGAAAAAAAUUACCAUACAUAAAAAAAAAUCUUGUUCCUUGUUGUCACCUUAAAAAUUGUACAAUGCUGUGUGCUAUAAAAAUGAUUUAGUAUGUGUCAUAGGACAGGGGUUGGGGGAACUAUUUCUUGGAGUUCAGUGGGUGA